AUGCCAAAAACUGCAAGCGAGACCAAAUCAAGACAAAGCGAAGUGAAGUUUCGCCAAGCCUCGAAAUCGCCAGGGCAGAAAGCUCUCUCUCGUGGAACAGCAGUGAAUCCGACCGAUAUCCUUUCGCCAACAUCAUCAUCUGGAAAUAGACUCCUCACCGGCGUCGACAAAGAUAGUUGGAAUCUAGCCCAAAAUGCUAGUAGCGAUACCGCAGCAUCAUCGCUGCUAGCAACGGCUCGUACUCAAACACCAUCAACCAAAACCGGACAGCUGACGUCAGAGCUGUCAGAGGAGAAGAAAUCGCCAAAGGUCAUUAUAGACGAGUUUCUUCAUAAGCCUGCAAACGACCAACAAAAACAAUCCGCAUCAUCUCCAACUCAUUUAGAGGCAACUCCUCAUUCUAAAAGAAAGGAUGCAGUAUCCCUUCAAAGCCUAUGGCUGCCAGGUUCCACUCAACAGCCCCAGGAUAGAGAUAGUCUAAAAACUGCGCGAGCACGGUCACCUCUGGAUGCACGAGCCAGGACAGGACCAGGACCACCGGCCUAUCAGACGCUAUCUCCUGCGUGCACAGCCAUCAAAGAUUCGACGCCACCAACUCCAAAAGUGACCACUGCAGCAGAAAUUCCAAUGUCCCCAACACCCACAGUGAACACAGCUAUAGAAGAACCAAUGUCAUCCAUCAGAGGAGUCGACACGACUAAAGAAAUUUUGACGGCGCCGAGAAAAUCUACAAAUGUUACUGGAAUGCCACAGACAAGCAGCACCUCGAAAUGA